AUGAUCGCGAAGGACCUUGACCUAGAUUCACUCUGUGCUACUUUUGAGAUCUGCCCUCGGUUUCUACCUGUACUCGAGAAGCAAAGAGAAAGUAUCGUGCCCCUAGUGGAAGGGAGCGAUGUCACUCUGAACCGAGAUUUCAGGUUUGUGGCUCGAUAUAACAGUCACCUUGCCCCGUCACUUCGACUCAUCUUUUUCAACCCGAACUUCCCAUUGCCGUCAUGCCUGCGGUUUUCUCAAUCAGAUACCCAGAAUACCCAUGUUACCCCCCAGGAGAUACUAGUGAAUGAGGCCUUUACUGCACAAAUCACAGAUAUUUUCAAGGCUCUUAGCAUCAUUGAGCGCGGGAUUCAGCACAGAUACAAGCUAUCUGGAUAUCUUGAACAUAGGCUGCUUCAAGCUGAGCUCUCCAGUUUUAUAGUUAUUCGUGGCGCUCAUGCAUACUCAACCCUGCGAAACUCCCAAAGGUGGAAUGCAUCACCACUCUGA